UUCGACUUCAACUUCGAUUUUCAUUCAAAUUACCCCGAGAUAAAACACUUCAGGGGAAAAUACAGACAUAUCAUGAGCAAGACGCAAGAGUCAGCACAAAUGGCGAAUCCGUCAGAUAUGACGAGUCCGAAGGCUCAAAUCCCAGCGGGCAAUAGGGAACCGACUUCAGAGGCUGGUUGUACUCCAAACAACCAUGUUGUUGAGCAAGGGAUGAAUGAGGUGCAUACGAUGGAUGAUCUGGGUGACGCGCAAGGGACAACUAUGGCAUGCAAAAACGAGGAUGGUGAUGAGGAAGAAGAGGCCGAUGUGGAGGGUAUACUUUCCCCGGCUAUGGAUACGAGCACCCUUCUCUCACCAGAUGAAGAAGUGGGAGAUACUCCACGGGAUCUCAGUCUUGGAGCCAGUGUUGGCCUUGGUCUUAAAGGUGUUACGAUGAAUUCGAGUACCGUCAUCUCGUCGGGGCACGAAAACCAACGUGAAGAGCACGUACGCGAAUCAGAGCUGACUUUGAACGAUCGGGGCGAUUUUUCUUUCCCUCCUAUUCGGAGUAGACAGAUCAGGAUCACUCCCAUUGCAGCCCCUACUCCCAGCGAUACCAGUCACACCAGCCAGGGGAGCAACUCCACGGACCCCACAACUCCAUCGUCUAUAUCCCUGCUGCAACCUUCCACCCCAUCCACGCCGAUCUCUUCGCAAGCCCAAGCACCACGCUCAUCCACUCCCAACUCGAACACGGGCAUGAACACAUGCACAGACAUGCACGACGUGACGACACCAAGGUAUACCUUACCGAAUCGUCGUCCGACUGGGUGGAUCUCUUCCUUUGGUCAAACGGGCAUCGGCAUCGGCACGGUCACAGGUGGGAGGGUAUUGUCGGACAACCCAGUCCCGCUCUCUGUUUCAUCUUUAGUUGAGAAUCAACACCAGUUUCCUCUCCGCCCAAGGGCUGUAAGUACUGCCCAUCAUCACCCGGCCGGCCAGAGUCCGAGGGUCACGUCCGUAUAUGCUCAACAGCCUGAGAGAAAGGUGAGCGGUACGAUGCAGUAUGCUAUUGCGCCCCCUGAUCAGGUUCGGGAGAAUGGGGAAAGAAUCAUAGAAAGGGGGAGGGUGACGUCAGGAUACUCGGAAGUUGGUGUAGAUACGGGUGUUGAGUUUGAUUUGAUCCAUGCAGGUGCUGAUACAGCUGCCCUCAAUGGCGAGCAUCACGAAGGCGAACACCAGAUAAUGAGGGGAGGGGAAGAGACGGUAGAACAAGAGGAAUAUCGACUGAGAUUUCAAGUAUCGACAGCACAGGACGAAGAUGAAAUAUGGAUGGCUUAUGUGAGACAGCAGUUGGGAGUGUUGUUUCCUGAUUUCUUUCCGACUGAUCCGGAUCAGCUUGCUCGGUCGGCCGAGUCGGCGGGGUUGGAGGGCGUUAGCACUCAACCUCAAGAUGACGAUGAGGAGGACGAAGGGAAUACGAGUGCAAGAAGUUCGUCUAGUGUCCAAGAGGCGGGAAAUGAUAUAUUCUCACCCUCUGCAGGCGAUACGAGCUUUACGACAGCUACGUCGAGCACUGAAGAUUCGUCCCUUUCCCUCGCUACGCCUCCAUCCACCAGCCGGCCUGGCCAUGGUCAUAGUCUCGGAAGGAUGAUGGGUGGAAUGGGAGAGAUUGGGGUACCGAAUGUGAGGGAGGAGAUUAGUGGGUUAAGAGACGAGAUUAUGAGGUUGAGGAGCGUGGUUGGUGGGUUGGCCGAAGGGUUAAGAGGGGAGGUGGCAGAGAUGACAGAGAUGGGGGAAGAUGACCAGGAUCAGCAAGAUGCCUACAUCCGUGGACCAGAGGGCGGUACGGAGGAUAGUGCUGGAAACUUAAUUGAAGAAGACAUCCACGCUGAAGGGACCAGAGAUGAUCAGCCGCCCAGAGCCUUUUUGAAAACCGCACGUAUUUCGAUCUCAAUCCUCCGCCUUCUUGACAACUUGGUUCACCCAUCAGAAGGAUCAGCUAGCCGAAGGAGUCACGAACAAGUCUUUGGGGAGGAAAAUCUUGGAGGCAUUUUGCAAUAUGUGUCGGCGUUGGCGAAGUCGGAUUGAUGUGUAGGGCCCGAGGAGCGAUUGUAGAUGGGGGUUAAAUAUCUUGCUUCAAUUAAGG